UAAAGUUUCCGUCCAGGCGUCCACCGUCCUGGCCUUGCACAAUGGGUAUUUAAAAUAUAGGGAACCGUCCUCUUUAACCAGAACCAUCCCCCAGCUCUCCCAGUGUUUCAAACAGAUGAUAUUCAGCAGGUUGCAGUUCAACUUCAAUACAUAUACUUUUCCGUCCACACCGUCCUGGUCUCAUUUGAUGUGUAUUUCAAAUAUACUGAACCUUCCUCUUUAAGCAGAAGUGAAGGAGCAUACCUCUCCCAAUCCCGGUCUUUCACACAAAUACUCCAAGUAAUAAUCAACAGUCUGCUUCGUAUAUAUACUGGAAGUAAAAACAUACUACUAUUCACUUCUCUUCGCAAUAAAACAUUGUUUACUUUUCUCUUCCCUUCAUUUGCAACUAAAAAUCAAAGUUGUAAACCCUAGGAAGAUAAAAAAACAUGGGUUCUUCAUCCUUGGCUUAUUCUUUCUCAAACCUUCAUACUAGUUCUAAAUCAAUACCAUUGCCGGCGUCGUCAUCAUCAGUAGUAUUUCGUCGCGUAAAUACAACUAAUUCAUUGUCUCAAAAAGGGUCAUCAUCGUCGCCACCUGCCAAAAAUGAAAAUUCAUCUAAACUGCCGAUCCGAAAAAUCCCAGGGGAUCAUGGAAUCCCAUUCAUUAGUCCAACGAAGGAUCGACUUGAUUAUUUUUAUUUCCAAGGUAGGGAUCUUUAUUUCGCAUCAAAAGUUCAAAAAUACAAAUCAACUGUAUUUAGAACUAAUAUGCCACCAGCUCAUUUCAUUGCUUCCGACCCUAAAGUGAUAGUUCUUCUUGAUGGGAAAUCAUUUCCAGUUCUUUUCGAUAUGGACAAAAUUGAGAAAAAAAAUGUCUUCACCGGUACCUACAUGCCGUCUACUGAACUAACCGGCGGUUGCCGAGUUUUAUCAUAUAUGGAUCCAUCAGAACCGAGUCAUGCUAAACUCAAAAAGCUCAUUUUCUUUCUUCUAAGCUCUCGUCGCGAUCAAGUCAUACCUGAAUUCAAGAAUAGCUUUAGUGAGUUGUUCAAGACGGUCGAGACCGAGUUGGCGGCUAAAGGCAAAGCUGAUUUCGGUGGUCCAUCUGAUCAAGCUUGUUUUAACUUCUUAAGUCGAGCGCUAUACGGAGCUAAUCCGGUGGACACAAAACUGGGUCGAGAUGGACCGAAAUUAGUGUCGAAAUGGAUCUUAUUUCAGCUCGGGCCACUUCUAACAUUGGGUUUGCCAUGGCUUCUUGAAGAUGCUUUGAUUCAUACUUUCCGGUUGCCACCAUGUUUGGUGAAAAAGGACUAUCAAAAACUUUAUGAUUUCUUCUAUGAAGCAUCAAGUUGGGUAUUAGAUGAAGGUGAAAAAAUGGGUAUCAGUAGAGAUGAAGCUUGUCAUAAUUUAGUUUUCACUACGUGCUUUAAUUCUUUUGGUGGUAUGAAAUUAUUCUUUCCAAAUAUGGUUAAAUGGAUUGGUAGAUCUGGUCCUCAGCUACAUAAGAAGCUAGCUGAAGAAAUCCGAUCCGCCGUCAAAUCCAACGGAGGUAAAAUUACAAUGGGUGUUAUGGAAAAAAUGCCGUUAAUAAAAAGCGUCGUGUACGAAGCGUUACGAUUAGAACCACCGGUGCCGGCACAAUACGGAAGAGCGAGACGAGAUUUUGUUGUUGAAAGUCAUGAUUCGGCAUUUGAGGUUAAAGAAGGUGAACUACUGUUUGGUUAUCAGCCAUUUGCUACAAGAGAUUCGAGAAUUUUCGACAAAGGCGAUGAGUUUGUACCGGAACGUUUUAUGGGUGAAGAAGGCGAAAAAUUGUUGAAACACGUUUUAUGGUCUAACGGACGUGAAACUGAUGAUCCAGCUUUGGCGAAUAAACAGUGUGCCGGUAAGGAUUUUGUGGUCUUGGCUUCUAGACUUUUACUUGUGGAGUUGUUUCUCCGUUACGAUACGUUUGAGAGUGAGUCUGCUAAAUCGGCUUUAGGUGUUUCCGUUACGAUAAAAUCUGUUAAGCCAGCAAGUUUCUAAACUGUUUUCCGACGGAUUUGUGUUUUGUUCUUUUUCUUUUUACGAAUUCCUUGUUAAACGAGAGGAUUUCUACGAUUCUCAUGUAUCUUACUAUGGAGUGUAUAAUUAGGAAAUUUCUAAUAAUUACUUCAAUCAUUUACACA